ACACAGGGACCAGACGCGAUCGCUGUCCGCCUGCCGCGUGUGCAGCGCUCUUUUUCUCCUCCCGCGUCAUACAAGAAGACCUGCUUGAUUUUUACCGAGGGUAUAGAGUGGAUUUGUGGGAAUUUUCAAGUUUUAAAAAGUGCUUAUUUGCAGGAUUUCCUCCGCGUUCUUUGCGAACACUGUGGUGACAAAUGGAUGAAUGAAGGUGGAAAAGUGAGGAUUAAUUUGCCGAAGUAGUACACGGAUGGAUUGAAAUCGUCAUUUGAUGUACAAAAUGAAUAAUUCCUUACAAUAAUUUAUGCCUCCGGACCAGAAAAGUUUAAGAUGCAUCAGACUGGGUCUGCACUACUGGCUUUGUUGGCACUUCUGGUGCUCACACUUGAGAUGUCCAGCGGCCAGUCCUGCCCCAGAAGCUGUAACUGCUACCAGGCCAAUGAAGUUCACUGCACCUUCCGAUCACUGCUCAUCAUUCCACCUGGCCUGCCUGCGCAUACAAAACGGAUUAAUUUAGGGUUUAAUAGUAUCAGCAGACUUCAUGACAAAUCUCUGGUUGGGUUAAGGAAAGUAGAGCUCCUGAUGCUCCACAGCAAUAACCUCCAACAUCUUCCAGAUGGAGUGUUUAAAGAGAUGAAAUCGCUCCAGAUACUCAAGUUGAGCUAUAACAAGCUGAGAGAGAUCCCUUCAUCUCUGACCUUCUCUGGCCUGACAUCACUGCUGCGUCUUUACUUGGAUCACAACCUGCUCCAACACAUCCACCCCCGGGCUCUGCUCCAGCUGCCUAGCCUCAGGCUGCUUCGUCUGCAAGGCAACAGGCUGCAUCAGCUGCACCCUCACGCUCUGUGCACGCUGUCCGUUCUGAAUACAUAUUAUUUUUCUACUUUGAGACAUCUAGACCUUUCCAACAACAGUCUAACUAUCCUGCCUGAAAAGAGUGUGACAAUGGCACCUCUGCUGGAGACUCUGGUCCUGCAGGCUAAUCCUUGGAGCUGUGACUGUAGGAUGAAUUGGUUUCUCUCAUGGAGUCUUGCUCACCCAGGCUUAUUAAAAUGUCCUGGUGGUCCUCAGUGUCCAGUUUGUGCCUCACCCCUGUCUCUCCAGGGCCAGAAUUUACUUGAUCAGACGACUCUACAUUGCUCGUCACCGAUCAUCAGCUUCCCUGGAAAAGAAACACCAUCGGAAUCAGACUAUAGCAAAAUCCAAUCAAGUGAGAAGUUCAGAGAGCCUUUAGGCAAUGUCACCCUGGGUCUUUCUGACCAACAAGGGUACAACGUUGAUCUGAGUUGUAAAAUCACUCACUCUACCGAUUCCCCUGACAUUGCUCCUCCUCCAGAUCUCUCCUGGAGUUACUCUUCUCCUCUCCCGCUUGCUUUGUCUCUCUCUCUUGACUGCCCUGUUCUGGGACAAAGCUAUGAGAAACUUUGGAGGAUCUUGGCUUACUACAGUGAAACUGCAGCUCGCCUUGAGAGGGGGAUCAUGUUAAGUAAAGCUCCAGCUUUGGCCUACCGCUACAGACAGGAACCAGAGACAGAUGGAUAUUAUCACACUGGAAUCAAAGCCUCUGUCAAAGCCAAACCAGAAUGGUUACUACAAUCAGCAAUUAGUAUUCAGCUUAACAGAGCACAGUCUAACAGGUACGAAGUCCAACUUAUCUACUCAACAAGAGUUUCUGCUCAUCCUGAUCCAAGUUUUGAUCCUUCACUAUCUUCCCCUACUUCUCACCCAUGGGUAAUGAUUUCAACUAAUCACACUUACACAGCAGUUACAGCAGUAGGAGUAGCAGGUAGGAGCAUACAGCUAUCUUGUCCUGUUCUUAGUUCUAGUAAUCACAGUGUGGAAUGGAUUCUUCCAGAUGGAUCUAAGCUCAAUAUUUCUUCCAGCAGCUUAGAUGGAAGGUUCCAACUAUCAGCCUCAGGCCUACUAAUACAAAGAGCACAGCUCUCUGAUGGAGGGCUUUACCAUUGUGUUGCCAGAGCUGGAAGAGAUUUUGAUGUCCUUCAAUUACGUCUGGUAGUACAAGAGUCUGCCUUUCCAUAUCCAGGUGAGCUAAGUGGACCUCCAGUCACUGGAACCAUUAGACAUCCUGUCACUCUGACCUGCAGGAUAUCUGGUUCACCAGAACCUUUGGCAAGUUGGAUUUUGCCAGAUGGAAAUGUUGUGUGGCAAGGAUUAGCUGUAUCAGGUGGAUUGAAAGUACAUUCAAAUGGAAGUUUGUCUUUACUUACAUCAACUCUGAAGGAUACAGGGUAUUACCGCUGCAUUGCUGUCAACCAGUAUGGUAGUGACACCAUGUCAAUGCAGCUGAUAUUAAAAACACAACAAAUCUCUGCCCUUGAGACUACAUUACACAGAGGACCCCAAUCAGCUGCUGGCAGGUCAACAAAGAUACCAGUAACUAUUUUUGGGCAGAUUGAUGAAGGAUCAGGAGAUGAAGAUAAGGAAGAGGAUGAGAAAACCUCCACCGGUAAAAGGAGAUAUCCAACAUCUCUCCAACAGCGCCCAAACAGACAAUAUCUAAUUAAAAAACCACAAAGAUAUGGUCAUGUUAGAGAGGGACAUCUAAAAAGGAUUGGAGGACCUGUUUCACCAAAUAAGCAGAAGAAACACCGCUUUCAGAACAGACCCAGAGUCACCACAAAGAAACACAGGAUAGACCCUCAGAAAUGGGCUGAUCUCUUGGCAAAGAUUCGUCAAAAGACCACCAAUAGCACCAAUAGUCAAGCAAUUGCAGAAGAAAAAACAACAACUCAACUUUUAUUUGAAGAAAAAGAUGAAGAAAUUAGACAAGGAGGAAAGGGUAACAAUAAAGACAGAAGUAUAUCUCAUGGCUCACAGGAGGAAACAGAAUCUGAAGGUUCUUCAGUUGAUGAUGCUGCUGUAAAAGAAGAACACCCACAACCCAUUCAACCUCAUGAUAAGGAUGCACAGAUUAUAGAAGCAACACAAACCAUUGCAGAGAUAUAUAAUGUGUCUGAGCGGCCACAUGUGAAUCUAGAACUUGACAUAAAAACACAGACAGAAGAAGAAAACAAACAAACCGUAACAACAGUAAACCCAGUGACAGAAACAGAGCAUGUCACACUUACUUCAUUAUCAGGGGCAAAUGGAAUAGCUUCACAAUCAGUUGUGUUGAAUGAGAAAGUACCAAAUCUAAGCCCUAAUAGGAUCAGGCCACAGAAUCCUUUUCAGGGACUUUUCCCAAAUCAGAUUCUAAACUCCCGACCUCGAAGACCCUGGGACACCCGCAGGAAGAUUGGAAAACAUAGGCAAAUUAACAGGCCAAAGAUUCAGCCUGUACCCUCACAGCGUCCUCACUCCGACCCAAUAAACUCAAUAAACCAAGCAGUGACACUUAACUCAAUUCCAGAUAAAAUCACAAAGUUGUUGUCCUUAUCAACUACCACAUUUCCACCUAUUAUGCUGACACUUGGAAACAAUGUUAGAACUGCUAUAAAAGGUGUAACUGUGACUCCUGUGUCGCCAACUGUUUCCGACCCUCAUUUUAUUACUAUUUCAAAUUUUGAAUCACUCAGUCCCUCCUCUACAACCCCACACACAUACACAGACAUGAUGAUUCAUUCAGACAAGAAACAAAUAACUGAGGAGUCUACUUUUAACAGCGCACCAGCUCCCACUCAUGCUACCAUUAUCAUUUCAGAGCCGCACAUGCCAGAACCCGAUAAUAGGACAUUUACACAUGCUGCAUGGGCUCAUACAGCAACACAAACAACCCUGGGCAAACAUGCUGAGAGAACCCCGAGGAAACACAGCAAGGGGUUAGAGAUGAAUGUUUUGGGUGAGUCCCACUUUUCAAUCACUCAUUCUCUCACUGCUUCCUCAGUCCCCAGUGCAUCUUUAACCACCACCAGUGCAGCAAAAAUCAUAACUACUUCUUCAGCUGCUCCCAGGAGAGCUAGUUAUUUUGGCAGCACUAAAAGUACACCAGUCUCUACAACUAAUGAGGACACACUCCCCACAACAACCACGGCUGCUAUAAUAAGUCCCACCAUAUCUCUUUCAACCCCCAUUAUCAUUCCAAUAUCCAGCACUCCCAGACAGACUUCAGCUCCAUCCACCUCAAUGACUUCUACAAUCACUUUGCCAACUACUUCCUCUAAUAUCUCUUCAACUUUGACCUCCGACACUUCGUUCAGGCCAAUAAUUACAAGGCUAAGCACCACUUCUAAUCCUUCUACCAGCAAAAGUAGUUCUCCAGUUUCAAUAAAUGUCAUCCCUAACGAGUCCAUUUCCUCUUUUUCUACAACAUCUACUGAUUCCAAAACCACAAUUCGAGCUACAACAGAAAGUAUUUUGACCACAACACCUCCAACCACCACAAAACAAUCUGCAGUUAAAACUAUUUUUUCCACUACUACUACAACGGAAUUAACAAGUACCAAAGCAAUAACAAGAAACAAUAAAGCAACUGGCCAGGUUGACCACCCUGCGAAUGGUCAAAACAGGAGUCAAUCACCUACUGAUUGGAAGAACCACGGAGUUAAUGAUAUUCCAGAUUCACACAGAAGAAGUUUUCAUCAGCCUUCCGCAUCACUUCCUGCUUCUCCAACGGUUCAAGUUGUUAGAUCUAGCCCAAGGAUGGCAGACCCUCACAUCCGCACCAUGUCAGUGCCGGCAGGCAGCUCUGUAAACCUGGUGUGUGAAGUUCAGGGAGAGCUAAAACCUUCAAUCACAUGGACUAAGGCUGCUACAGGAGCAGUGAUGUCAAUCCACUCCAGGGCUCAGCGUUUUGAGGUCUUGCCAAAUGGCACCCUUGUUAUCCAGAAAGUACAGGUGCAGGACAGAGGGACAUAUAUCUGCAGUGCGAGCAGCUUGCUGGGCCGCGACAGGUUGCUCACCACACUAGAAGUCUGGACUCGCCCGCCUCAUAUGCAGCUGAUGCCUUACAAGGAAGUUACCAUUCAUCAGGGUGGCCAGGUUCACUUGGAGUGCCAAGCAGAUGGCGUUCCAGCCCCUCUGCUUUCUUGGGUUCUGCCUAAUCGUUCUACCUUAACCUCCUCUGGCACCUCUUCUAAUCGAAUCCAUAUGGACACAAAUGGGACCCUUCACAUCUCGGUAACAUUACCCACUGACCGAGGAGUCUAUCGUUGUGUGGCAUCUAACUCAGCUGGUGCAGCCAGCGCCUCAGUGCGUCUCCAUGUGUCCUUGUUGCCCCCGGUUAUUCAGCAACCCAGGGAGGAACACCUGUUUUUCUCUGUAGGUUGGCCUGUUUAUGCUCACUGCUCUGCCCGAGGGGCCCCAACACCAAUUCUGCGUUGGCGAAUUCCAGAUGGGACGCUUGUUCGACCAUCCCAGUUUCUUAAUGGAAAUCUCUUUGUCCUGUCAAAUGGGACACUCCAUAUUCGCAAUGUGGGAUCAAAAGACACAGGGGAUUAUGAGUGUACUGCUAGUAAUGCUGUAGGAAAUGCUAGGAGGACAGUGACAGUAACGGUUAAAGAUGGGGAAGCAAAAGCCAAAACAAACUCCAAUUCAUCUUUUGUCAACAAAGUCAGAACAUCGGUAAUCCCAAGCCAAACCUCAACUGCUUUCAGACCAAGUAAAUUCUCUCCUGUAAAUUCCUCAGACAGAUCUAACAACGUGUCGAUGAGCUCAAGCCCUUUUAACUCUUCCUCUAGCUCAUCUCUUGAAAUCAAUAAAACUGUAAAACCUUACCCAUCACACUUUCCUGACAUCAAAAAAACAAAUCCCUUCUCUGUUUUCUCACCUUCUUCGGUGCCAACAAAUAACACCAAAGUAUCACCCAGAGGAAACAGCACAAGAGUUGCUUCUUCUUUCCACGCUAGAGGAAAAAUCUCAACUGUUUUGCAGCCUCAGCCUGUCUCCCCCUUCACUAAAGCCCACAUUGUCUCUACAUCACCCUCUGCUACUACUGUUAACUAUGAGGGGACUUUGAAUCUUUACUGCUCUGUAAAUGGAAACCCUACCCCAACCAUUCUAUGGAGGACUCCCACCAGAAAGCUUGUGGACAUGCACUACAGUUUUGACCAACGUGUAAAGGUGCAUCCUAAUGGGACUCUGACAGUGCGGGCAGUAACAGAGAAGGAUAGUGGAGACUACCUGUGCAUUGCACGCAACAAGGUGGCUGAUGAUUAUCGAAUUCUGCGUGUGUCUGUGGUCACUAAGUCUCCCAGGAUUGACCCAAAACAGUCAAUCAAUCAGAUGGUGUCAUUUGGAAAACCUCUAAAGGUAGACUGCCAGGCCUCUGGAUUGCCUCAUCCAGCUGUGCAUUGGAUGUUACCAAAUGGAACCACUGUGAAGAGUGAGCUGUUUCAAGAGGAUCAUAGGGGUCAAAGACGGCAACAUACUGUUUUUGACAAUGGGACGUUACUGAUUCCAGCAGUUGGUGAAAGAGAUGAAGGCGAGUAUAUCUGCUAUGCAGAGAACCAGGCAGGCCGAGAUACCAUGAAGGUCAAAGUAAAGGGCAUAAAGACAACCCCUCCAACGUUCACUAAUGGCAGAGGCCACAAUUUCAUCAAAGUGCAGCCGGGAGAAACUGCUACAAUUCCCUGCAGGACAACAGGAGAUCCUGCCCCAACGGUUACUUGGUUUUCUCCAUCAUUCAUUGUUAUCCCACAGAGCUUGGGAUCAGGCCUUUCUUCUCAGCGAGUUGUGGUCAUUUCCGAUGGAACCCUGGAAGUGCGUUCCGCCCAAAAGAGUGACUCUGGAAAUUACACUUGUCGAGCAAGCAACUCAGCUGGGAUAAGGAGCAUGGUGGUGACCUUGGAAGUGGAGACUUCUAGCUCUGGAGUUAUAAGAGAAGUGGAAAAAGAACAAGAUUGGAGUGUAAAGAAAUCUGAUGGCAAUCACAGAGUCAUUACUGCAAGAAAAAUCAACCUUGGAUCUAAUGUAACUGCAAGCAAAAGCAGAAGCAAUAACAGCUAUAGUGAUAAUAGUAGAAAAGUAAACACGGAUCCUAAUACCAUUCUCAACUCAGUAUUCAGUGGCUCCAGUCCAAGACGUUACAGCCAACAUGAGUUUAAAAGUCCUGUUGGAGGAUUUUCAACACGAUGGGGUAAUACUGGGAUAAUGGCUAGGGCAAAUGAGGCACAGAGUACAGGCAUUAAGAGAGACAGUACUGGAUUAAAUAGAAACACACCUAGCAUUCAGAGUAGAAGUGGUAAUGUAGAUCGCAGCCAAACCACAGGUAGAGGAGAAAGUACUGAAAGAAAUCCUGAGAUGAAUAAUUAUGAAGUAAUUUCAGGAAAGAAAAGUAAUGACGCUAAUUCCAGUAGAGACAACAGGAGGUUAACUGUUAUUUCAACAAAUGGCCAAAGUAUUAGUGGUAUUUUGUCAGGUAAUGGAGCUGUUACAAGCACUCAAAGAGAACAUGUUUUCAACAGGAACAGUCAUGCUGGGGGAGGUAAUGAUAACAGAGGAAAUAGAGUUUCUUCAAGUAGUAAUUCAGACACACAUCUGGGUGGGAGAAAAAUAACAAAGCACCAAGCAGUGAAAGGCCAGGCUGUCACUUUGCCAUGCCCAUACCAAGGUUAUCCUCCACUUCGUUUGGCCUGGCUUCUGCCUGGAAAUGGCAUGCUGUCGGCUCCUUACUAUGGCAGCCGACUCACUGUGCAUCGGAACGGCUCUUUGGAGUUUCGAGAUGUACGGGUGAGUGACGGUGGAAAUUUGGUUUGUGUUGCAAAAACUGAAAGAGGUGACGCUUUAAUGCGAGUCCAGCUUGAAGUGUCAGAACCAGUGGUGGAUGUAAGAUCCCAACAAGGCAGACAAGUGGAAAAUGUACCGCAGAAGGGAAAUUUAGAUACAACUCAGUCUUUACCCACAAAGACAGUAUCGCCUCUACAGCACUCACAGAGGGACCUUGAUGUGCCAGACAGGUCUCACUCUAUAAACUCUUCACCAUUGUCUGGCUCAGUCUCCAAACCCUCAGUAAGCACCAGCACCACCCCUCUGGUGAGCACCAUUAAUGGAGAGACUAUAAGACUGCAUUGUCCUGCCUCUACAACCAGGGGCUCUGUUUUAUGGACAAUGCCCAGUGGCAAGAUACUAUCCAGAGGUGACAGUGGUGAUCUAGGACGUUAUGAGGUGCAAGAAGAUGGAACACUAAUAAUCAAACAGGUUUCUGUGUUUGAUCGAGGCAGGUACAUUUGCAAGUUUUCCAGUCAUGACUCUUCCUCAGUCUCAGUCACCACAGUUCCUGUCAUUGUCAUCGCUUACCCUCCACGCAUCACAAUCGGUCCCUCCCCUGUGACCUACACUAGAGGCGGUGUUGCUGUGGAGCUGCCCUGCAUGACCAUAGCUACCCCGCGAGCAACAGUUAGUUGGGAAACACCAGAGCUUGUACAACUGAGUGUGAUGGGUCAGCCUCGUAUAUAUGGCAACCUCUACCUGAGUCCUCAGGGUUCAUUGGUGAUACAAAACCCCACACAUAGGGACACAGGAUUUUACAGGUGCAUCGCCAAAAAUGUAAUCGGAGUAGACAGCAAGGCAACCUACCUGCAUGUUAUAUAACAGGAUAAAGCAGCUAUAUAAACACUAACCCUUUAAAACUUGAUGCAGAGAAACAGAGACUCAGCCUUUAAUAAAAAUAAAUAUUUGUAUUUCCUGGGUGCCCAAAGGGGUAUGUCAACAUUUCUAUAAAGGCUUAUUUCAAUUAGGACAUCAACUCCUGGUACUCCACUGAGGUAACAGAUAUGUGUAAAUUGUCAAGUGUGUGUCUGUUAGAAUGAAUGGUGUAAAAUUUAAAGUGUUCUACUGCAUCAGGAUGGGGUACAUUGGUUCUUAAAAGUGAUCACACCCUUGUUAAAAUAGUGGGUUUUUGUUCUGUGAGAAACAACAGAAUAAAAAAAAAAUGUUUGAAAAAUGUUUUACAAUUAUAAUGUGAGAUGUCCAGAUAUUCUUUUGGGGAAAAAUACAAGACAUGAAAUAUCAAAAAACACUUUGUUUUGUAAGUGUCCAUAUCCUAAGUUUCACCUUUUGAUUCAAAAGCAACAUUUACUCUUAUUUUGUUGGAGUUUGUCACCAUGUUACAUAAAUAAUGAAGACAUUUCUUAUUCAUGGCCCUCUUCAAGACAUGAUACAAUAUGGAUCUAUCUAUGAGUGUUCGCAUUUAGGAAAUUUGAGUAAUUGCAACUUUUUAUUUGUAUUAUUUCCCUCUCAAAGUAUUAGUUUUUUUUUUUAACAUGAAACGUCACUUUAAGAGACAGAAUUUGAAAUGAUUACUUUUACUUAGAUUUCAGUCAGUGUGUACACUUUUUACAUUCACUUUACUUCACUUGUGAAGUCACUGAUAUUUGUUUUUCAUACUUACUAAUUGUUAAAGUUAAAUUUCUUCUUUAAUUCAGUUUAAAUCAUUUAAUUUAUUGAGAAAUUAUGUUAGACUGCAUUCAGUUAAUGCUACUGUGACAUUUAGCAUGCAGACAUUUGUGAAUUUUUAUCAGAACAGAUGAAGCAUCUGCAUAGUGUGGCAUGAUAUUAAGUACAUUUUUAUUAGAUUGCUAUUGUGUCAGUUGAACAGCACUGGGACAAAUUUCAUAACACUGAUGAAUUUAUGUGCUAUAGAUGACACCUCUAAUUUGUUAAGCAUAAGCAGAAGGAUUUUUCAGUGUAUCUAAACGUUAUGUGGGUGUUUGAAUGAGCUGGAGAUGAUAUUCAGAACAGUAUCAAGCAGCUACGAAAGAAAUGCUGAAGCAUUAUUUUAUAGGAAUACAUUUUCUUAUUCAAUUUGAACAUAAGGUAGAUACAUAGUACAUUGACAGUUGUCUAACUUAGAGACUUAGAGACCUUUAUCUGUAGCCAUGCUCUGACUCCUUCCAGGAAGCAUGCAGAUGUGAAUCUUUUCAAAAAAAGAGAAACCAAAUUAUGCAGAAGUAUAGCUCUGGCCUACAAUGUCUAAUUGGAAGCUCAGCUAGUUAUCUAAAGCUUUAUGACAGUCACUGAUAAUACAGAUUGAUCCCAACAUCAAACUAUAAAGCAUUUUUCUUCUUGUCUUCUCUCUGCAAUUUGAUGCCAAAUGAACUGUUAUUCUAAGACCCUGUUUGAUUUGAUGUAAACUUUUUUUUAAUCUUAUCAUUUCAAAUGUCACAAAAUAGGACACAAAAUUAAAACAAAACAGAGAUAAGACAGGUUAGCUUAACAGCUUAGCUGCUUGGUAUUGUAUUUUUUAUUUGCUGUCUAUACGUUGAACUACAUGUGUCACGCCCAGGCACGGAUGGACACAGGGACUGAACAGUGAAUACCAAACCAGACGUUUAUUGGGAAAUUGCUUAUUCUUGGUCAGACAGGCCAGGGUCAGAACCGGGAAUCCAAAUCGGGAUCAGGCAGUCUCAGGGUCAGACAGACAGGGGGUCGAAGCCAGGAGGUCCUUAUCCAGCGGGGAGAGUCAGGGAUCGGGGACAGGAGAGGAAUCUAGGUAGAGACAGACAGGUUAGAUACUGUGCAGUUAGCUCCAGUUACUACAGCAGGCCUGAAGGUGUUUACCGCUGAGGGUUUCACAACAAUCUGACGCCGUGCAGGAGGAGUUCCGUCCUAAUAUGGCAGCAGCUGAGGAUCAGGCGGAUGCCGAUCAGGUGCGAGUGGUCACAGCUCAGCGGCAGCUGUGACAACAUGAAUUUGUCGCCAUGGUGCAGACGUAGCAAAAAGUAACACAAAGGGGCUGCUGUUAUGGCAAUCUUGAGCAAAUCUCAUGGUGGAGUAUUCAGUGUGAAGAGCUAAAAUUUACAAAAACCUCUCCAGGACUUUCAAAAUGUUGUCAGUUGGAAAUGGGAUUUGCUACAAAACUUAUCUAAUGGACUAUUGUUUUGAUUGAAAUACAUAUAUCUAAUUAUGUGGAUAUUUUAAUGAGUCUGUGCACAAAGUCAGCAGCUGGUCUUUUCUCAAUUAUUUUUUUUAAUGUUUCCAUCAUUUCAUUAAAUUAUUUGUUUUGUAAAGACUCACUUUCUGUUACGUAUUUUUGUACUAAAUGGAGAUAAUGGUUUUAGUAUGUAUGUUGGAUGUCUUACUAUCCAUGCUAUGAAUUCUUGCUUUGUUUUUAACAGGAUUAAUUUUAUGAAAAAAAAAACCAUAAAUAAACAAGCUGUUUACCCUUUGUGGUUUUACAGUUUUGGUCACA